AAGAAUUCAACAUCGCGCACUCUUGCGCUAGGCAAAACAAAACACUUGAACCACCUUUGCCCAGGUCACGAUUAAUCAACCGCAAGCGUCCAAUGAGUCUAGGCCAGGACGGCGCCAACGGUAUCGGCGGCAUGCCGACCGCAGAGAACGGUAGCCCUCCGCAGCAGUCGACAAUGCUCGGUGUUGUUUCACCCGAACGGACCGCGCCGCGCGCAGCAGAUCCUGUCGCAAAUCCGGGCUCGGGCUCGGAUGCUGAGCCGCCAUCCCCGCCGAGGAAGCCAGAGCCCAAGCUUUGCGGCGUAUGCGGCGCACAACCGGGCAAGUACAAGUGUCCUCGGUGCUCCAUGCCAUACUGCUCGGUCGCCUGCAACAAGCAGCACAAGGAAAACCACCCGCCCGACGCGCCGAAACCCGAACCUGAACCUAUCGCCCAACCCCAGCCAGAUCCCGCGCAGGACGAUCCUUACAGCAUCCUCCUCGAGCACCGCGACGCGUUCAAGCACCUCCUCACCAGAUACCCUUCUCUCGCGACCGAGCUCGUCCGCAUCCAAGAGACGACCCUCCCUCCCGCCGACAACCCCAACUCUCCAUACGGCGUGGGCGCCGCCACAGCAAAUACGGGCCGGCAUAGGCAGCAUGCUGGGGGCAGGGAACAAUUCAACUCGGGUCGCAACAGACAACAACAGCCGUGGACGAAGGAUGUCGGCCUGCGCAAGGGCGCUGAGGCGCUGCGCAAGGCGAGGACGGACCCCACCGAUACGGGCGACGGGGUCCGCGAGUUUUGCGACCUGGUGAAGUUUCUGCUGAAUAAGAAGAGGGAGGGGAUUGACAGGGUUAGGGAGGAAGUGGCGGCGGAGGAGGCUAAGUGUAUCGAGCGGUUGUUGAGGGAGGAGGGCGGCUGAUUUUUCUGGGUCUGGAUGGUUGGUUAGGGUUGUUUUGAUAUUGUAAGAUUGGGAUGGUUCGCAUAGGGGGGUUCGGUCCUUUUUUUUCUCUUUAGACGGGCGGCGCAAGAUAUGAGCAUAUGACCAAGACCGAGAAGCGGACGGCAUGUGGAAUGGCCAUCUCACAAGGAAUAACCCCCCCCCCC